AUGGAGAUAACAAACAUUAAGAAAGUAAUUUUUGCCAAAUGCACUAGCUUAUUUACACACAUUUUACGAACAAAUUACAUUCCUGAAUCACUUGUUGAUAGAAUUAACAUUGAAGUAAGAAAAGCAAUAAGAAAGAAAAUUUUCAUGCAUAAUGCUAGUCCAACAAACUAUUUUCACCUCCCAAUCACCUAUGGCGGACUUGGUAUUCCAAGAUUCGAUAUCUUUGCAGAUGAAAUUCGAAUCAAAACAGCCCUGUAUCUUAUUAACAAUGAUAAUGAACUUCUUAGAGAAGUAUAUUCAGAAGGAAUCAAACACGAAAAUUCGAUUUUUAAGGAAAUGAACAGAUCAAUGAAGAAAUACAAGAUCAGACCUCAACAAUUUAACAAUGACGAAAUCUUUCCAAAACUCAAAGGAAAGAAUUUUACUAUUUACACUGACGGAUCAAAUCUCAACAACUCAACAGGUUUCGGCUUUACCGCCAAAGUUAACAAUUCCCAAGAAACCCAAGAUUUCUCAUACAAAAUUAACAGCGAAUACUCACAUAACGUUGCUGAAUUAUCAGCAAUACUCACAUCACUAAAGAUACUUCCACCUAAAUCUAAGGCAAAAAUUCACACAGAUAGUGAAAUAUCCAUCCACGUUUUGUAA